GAGUAAGCAUGAAGGAGCUUGGACCUCCUUCGUUAUCUUCCGCAACUCCGCCACCGAGGUGCAUGCAGACUCUCACAACUUGGUCGGCGCCAAAGUCUCUACGGUCACGUUCGGCGACUUCUCAGGAGGCCAACUGUGGAUCGAGGAUCCCAACGGAGGUCCCGAUCUCCCGGACUAUGUUGCCAGAGCCGACAAGACUGGGAAAGUCCGCUACGGAACCCUGGUGGACACCAGAGAACAGGUGUACUCUUUCGACGGCAAGGAUUCCCGGACUGCGACGCCCGAUUUCGAGAUGAACUUCGUGAGCUUCGCUUUCCUUUGCGAGGCCUUGCCCUGGGAGAAGGACGAGUUGGCCCCGCAAAAGCGUGAGACGAGCCCUCUGGAAGAAGGCCGGGAGACUGGCACUUCUCACUACCUGGUGCACCUCAGCCGCAGCAACUUGCUCUACUACGACCUUUCCUUUGGCCAGAGGAUUGGAGGCGUGGACAAGACCUUUGAAGCCGCUAGCAUGGAGUACUAUGUGGCCGAGCCGUUCGCCUAUGAGCCCACCGAGGAGCCCGAUCUGGACACUACAAUGGUUCAGAAGACGAUUGAGGCCUUCGAUCCCGCGAUCAUAUGGGUGCACGGGAACCGGACGCGCGACUUCUUGGAGGACAUCGUGGACACCCUCUACAACCACAUCGACAAGGGUCGUCAGGUGGCUUUUGAGGCGCCGUCAAAUGAUCCUUGUUGGAACAACAGGGUCGUCAAGGAGCUCUUCGAGAGGUAUGAAGCCAGAUGUGUACGACGAGCUGCAGAACCCGACGUGGUCAGGAUCAACGAUGUCUAUCAUGAGGUGGACCAUGGGCUACCAGAAGUAGAACCUCCUGGUUUGGUGCAGUACAUGGCACAACACGCCACAGGAAGUGAAGAAGGUCGACAAGAAGAAGGAUCCCCGCAAGGGGCAGCGGCUAUCUCAUUCGAGGACGGCAAGACUAUCGCAUCAGAGGUCAAGAGCUCUCUACGACGACUACAUCAGAAUCUAGGUCACCCCAGCAACCUGGAUUUAUCCCGGCAUCUGCGUCUAGCCGGAGCAGACCCGAGUGUGGUGGAGGCGUGCAAGCGACUUCGAUGCCAAGUAUGCCAGCGCAAUCGGCGAGGCUCUUCCGCUAAGCCGGCGACCCUUCCCAACCUGUUGGACUUUAACCAGGUGGUGGCCUUGGACGCUUUCUACGUGUACGACGUGAACAAGGAGAAAGUCGAGCUGAUGAUGGCGAUCGACAUCGGUACAGGCUUUGUCUCGGAGUUCUACAAGGACAUUCCACAGCGACCAUGGAGGCCUCUUUCUGCAGUAUAUGGAGCAACACGUUUGGUGCACCUGGAACACUGGUUCUCGAUCUUGAGUCUGGCCUCCAGUCAGGACUAG